UUUAUAAAUUUUAGAAAAUAAUUAUACUGUUCAGUGAGAAAAAAACCAAAUAGCUGGCAUGUCCAUGCUGCAUUAUACCAUUUAAAAAAUGAAGCUCAAAAGCAAGUAAAUGAAACAAUGUUUUGGUUAAGAACAACAUACAUAAGUGGUAAACAAAUUUUUUUAAAAGAACAUAACAAAGCACUAAAAAUUUGUGAUAGUGGUUACCUUUUUUGGUAAGAUAGGGAGAUGGUGUAGGUAGAUCAUGAAUAUUUGUAAUGUUCUUAUUUUGGUAAGUGACUUUUAUUACACUGUAAUAUACCUACAUAUUGUAUAUAUAGCCUUUCGUGUGUAUCAAAUAUAAUAUUUUUUCAGAGAGAGAAUCAUUGCCAACUUCCUGUGAAUUUUGAUCAGUAUUUCUAUCAUCCUUCUGCAUCACUUGCCAGAAUUCAAAUCAAUUAUAGUUGAGACCCUGAAGGAAACAUUUUCUCCUGAGUAGGAGAAAUCUAAUAGUUGCCUUCUUUUAUUGUAAGCUUUUAAUUUCUCUAAUGUCUGGUUAACCCCCAAAUAUAAACCACAAUUAAUGCAGCAAUUCUGCAAAGUAUCUGAACAAAUACAAAAAUAUGAAAAUAUCUUAUCUCUUUGUAAUUUUUUUUUAGAGUUGGCAAAUAAUUUUGUGUGGAAUUACCUACAGUCAUAGUGGGCAAAUGAGUGAGGGUAUUUUCAUCCUGUAGAGUAAGGAGACAAAAUAGCCAUACCUCCUGGUUGUCUAGUUUGGACUCCGAUAGUAUUGAAAUAUAGAUUUCAUUUUUUUCCUGAUGAAAAACAUUAUGAAGUGAAAAAACACAUCUAAAAGAAGUUAUGCUUUUGUCUGACUACCGCAAAAAAAAAAAAAGGCUGUUUUGUAAUGAAAACAAUGAAAAGACAUUCUUAAAAUGGAAAACGUCAGCUGUGGGUUUGCAACAGUUUCAAGAAUGCAUCUAUUGGGUCCUAAGGAAGGAAGAGGCGCCAAAAGCAACAACUUGAGUAAGGUUAUCGAGAACCCACAUGUGUCAUACAGAUGGAGGAGUCUGGUGCACUUUAAGAAGCCCACCACUGCAAGGUGAAGGUAAUUUCAAAAUUAAUUCACCUAGCUACGCAGAUGUCUUAUUCUCUUGCUCCUAUUGUAGUGAUCAAGAUUUCAGGAAUGCAUUUCCUCGAAGAUGCCCACUUGUAGGAAGGGACAUUCACUUUAUGCUCUUUUAAAUAUUUAUGUUAGUAUUCACUCCCCGGCCCCCCCCCCAAAUACCUGUACAAAACAAAAGAUUAGAACUGGGAGGAAAGGAGGGAGAAGAGUAACAACAAAAAGGAGAGUGAGUUUGGGAGCAACCUCUCUAAGGUUACAGACUCUGCUCCAUGUUUGUAGUCUUGGAGCUCCUUGCUAUAAUGUGAAGCAGAGUAAGUAAGCAACAAAAAUAUGGGCCCCCUGUGAAAGUGGCUGUUCUGUGUCCCUCAUGUUCUUCUAGGAGAGGCUGAGCGACCAUGUAUUUGUAUAUUACACUAGGAAAGUGUUGUAUACAAAUCCAGCAGUUCAGGAAAAUUUAUUUCAAUAUUUCUGGAAAUAAAGUUUCACACUUAUUACUACUUAAUGUGCAUCAAGUUGAGACAGGAGGAAAGGGGGCAGGGCACAACCUUUAAAAGAAUGACACAGCUGUUGAGGAUACAAUAUAAACUAGUUAGAACCAAUUAGGCCCAAGAUGGUGGAAGAUUCAAAUUCUAGUAGACCUUGAAGCUCAUUGUAAUACAUUAGCAUGCUAAAUAACACACCCACAGGCACCAAGACAGUUCUGAGGCAGACCAUGAAAGGCCAAAAAGUGGGUGGCGGCCCAAGUCCUGGAAAUCCCUGCCCCUUCUUCAAAAUAGUUAGAAUAUUCCUCCUACUCAUUCGUGUAUGGAAUUACUCAGCCCAUAAAACUAACCACACCCUCAGCCCAGGGCUGCUCUCGACUUCUGAGACGACUGCAUUCUGCCUGUGGAAUGUGUAUCUCUCUAAAUUUGCUUUCACUUUACCGUGGCUUGCUCUUGGAUUCUUUCCUAAAGGAGGCCAAGGACCCUCACUUGGUGGCCUGCCCCAUGGACUCACUCGCCUAAAACCUGGGACAUGACCAUCUUCUUGAGCCCCCCAUUUUCCUGCAACAAAGUGGUAGUCAAAUGAAAUUGAUACGAGACCAGACAAGGAAUUCACGCAAGACUUUAUAAGGACUACCGCUGCAGCACGAGGGAGUGAAAACAAGCAACAGGUUCACUUGCUCAGUCCCUGAGGCGGGAAACCGCAGCCAGAGAGGUCGUUUGCCCGCGCCAGGAGGAGCGCCCGGAGGGAAAAUGGAUGAAAAUCAAGAAACUGAUUCAAAAGGUAGUGAAGAAUAUGAAGAUGACUUUGAAAAGGACCUGGAAUGGUUGAUUAAUGAAAAAGAAGAAAAUGGUGCCAGCGUAAUAGAGAAGGUUUGUGGGAAUGAAGAGAAUAUUAACCAAGGCUUAAAAGAGAAUGAAACAGAAAUAGAACAUUCCAAGCAGCUUUCUGAUUCUGACAGAUCUUUCAAGGAUGAGGUUUCAUCAAUAAGAAAUGACUUCAUUUCUGUACCGAGUAUUCAACCUUUGGAUCCCAUAUCAGAUUCAGACAGUGAAAACUCUUUACAGGAAUCCAAACUAGAAAGCCAGCAAGACCUGGAGGAGGAAGAGGAUGAGGAAGUAAGGAGAUAUAUUAUGGAGAAAAUUAUACAAGCCAACAAGCUUCUACAAAAUCAAGAACCUGUGAAUGAUAAAAGGGAAAGAAAACUUAAAUUCAAAGACAAAUUAGUUGAUUUGGAAGUUCCUCCUCUGGAAGACACUGAUACUUACAAAAAUUAUCUUGAAAAUGAAAGUGAUGUGUCUGGAAAACUGUCUCAGUUAUGUAUUUCCAAUGAAUUUGCACAAGAAAAUGUGCUCCUGUCGCCUACUGAUGGAAAUUCUGAAGAAAACAAGGAUAGGAAAAUACUAGUAGAGAGAGAUGGAAAGUUUGAACUUCUGAAUUUACAAGACAUUGAGAGUCAGGGGUUUUUGCCCCCCAUUAAUAAUGCUAAUUAUACAGAAAAUGAGCCUCAGCAGUUGUCACCCAGAUCUCCCAAUUUAUCUGUCAGUGGAGUCAAGAAAGAAGAGCCAAUAGCAAAAAUUCAUGCUCUGGCUCACUCAUCAACAGAAGAGCAACUGGCUUAUAUCUCUCAGCCACCACCCAACCCCAAGACUCAUCCAGGUUCUGCUGCCAACUCAGAUCGAAGUAAGGGGAAUGGAAAAUCUAGUCAUAGGACGCGGUCUGCAGAUGUAUCUCCAGUGACCUCAACAUACUGUCUCUCUCCUCAACAGAAAGAACUGCAAAAACGACUAGAACAAAAGAGAGAAAAGCUAAAGAGAGAGGAGGAACAAAGGAAAAUAGAAGAAGAGAAAGAAAAGAAAAAAGAGAAUGACAUGGUGUUUAAAGCAUGGUUGCAAAAGAAGAGAGAGCAGGUCCUAGAAAUGAGGAGAAUUCAGCGAGCAAAGCAAAUUGAAGACAUGAACAGUAGAAUGGCUAAGAAGGAAACGGAUAGAAAAACUAGCAGAGCAGCAAGCUGUCAAAGAAAGAACUAGACAGCUCCGACUGGAAGCAAAGCAUUCUAAACAGUUACAGUACCACCUAUAUAAUAUGUCAGAAGCCAAAUCUUUUCGUUUUACUGAUCAUUACAGCUGAAGGUAUCUAUUAAAUACUUCAUUUGGAAGCUGCUGUCCUCAAAAUUUUCGAUAUCAUUUCUUAUGGCCUGUGUGCUUUGGUCAUACUCUAAAUUAUGGAAAUGCUAUUUAUCUUUUGGUAAUGUUGAUAGUGAAUUUAUCUUAUUUCUUUUAACACUAGAGCAAAAUAAAUUUCUUCUCUCAUAGCAUUGUAAUGUGUUAUACCACCUCUUAGUCCAUGCAAAAAAUUGAGCAACAAAUAAACUGUACAUUCCUUUACUUCUAAAUUAUUUUAACAUGUCUAGCUGGAACGGACACAAAAAAGGGACAGAUAUCUAUUAUUAGUUUCUGUUAUCAUUUUUAAAAAAAUGCAAUAGAACAUUUCAUAAGGCAGGAGGAGUGACCUCUUAAACAAGCCUGGUUCAAGGCCUGAUACAAAGUCCUAAUUAUGUCAGAUUUGAAUUUGAAUACCUAUGGCAAGCUAAACAGUAGGUUAGGCCUACUUCCACGUGUUCUUUUAAAAAAAAAAAAGAUAGUAACAAUUAUGUAUACUAUUUUGGGUAUGUUAUACAAAAUUAUCCAGCUCUAAUUGAGAGUUUAUAUAAUGUGCCUGUUGUAAAUGCUUUGCAUAAAUAAUUUGACCUAAUCCUUAUAACAACCCUAUUAGUCUUGUUUUGCAGAUGAGGAAACCAAAGUACAGAGGUGAGCAGUUUGCUCACAGAUUCUGAGAUCUGAAUGAUUGCAAAAUCCUUUCUGUUAGUUAUAUUGUAAAGCUUACAUACCUUGGUAGACAUUUGUGGGUAUAUAGGACUAUACAGGAAUCCAGCGUGUGGGCGAACAGUAUCCUUGAUAUGUGUAAGAGCACUUGAGGACUGGAGGACAAAGGCAAACAUGCAAGUGUGAUGGGGAGUGGAGAGUUGCUGUAGGAGUUCUGUUAAAGCUUCAAAAGACAAGGUACUUAUCAACUGGGUAUUUGUACCUUAAUCACUUGACCCUAAAUUAGAAAACACAGAGAGCUAUUCAAUCCUGUCUCAACUUCCUAUAGCACUUUGAGCAUACACCAGGCAAUUUAGCAUUUCAUUAUAACUAGUCUUGUGUUGUUUAAAGUUUAUCCUUAAUGAUAAAAACCAAUUUGGCAUUUAAAUAUUCCACAAUAUUUUUCUUUUACAAAAAAAGCUGUUGGAAUUUUCAUAAGGAUUGCAGUGAAUCUGUAGAUGGCUUUAGGUACUAUUGCCAUCUUAAUGAUAUUGUCUUCUAAUCCAUAAACACAGGAUGUCUUUUCAUUUA